CACGGACACGGCUACUUUUCGGUAUCUGCGUUAUGCCCCUGCGCCUCGAUGUGACAGAAAAAAAGCAUCGCAAACAUGCGUCUCUCGCUCGCCAACUUUGUAUUGCUGUUUGCCCUCUUGACUAUGGCUGUAGCCUCACCGAUCGAACCUCUCGAUCCCGAUCUUGCCAACCGCGAGUCCGGUCACUCAGAGCGUAGCGUACUUGCCAAACGGGAUGCUGACAUUACCUUGUCCAUCAUCUACGGUUCGGCAAUCGGCGAGAAUCUCAUCCUUACCGUUCCUUUGAUCUGGAAUCCGCACGGCUUCUAUGAUGGCGCUGGCGACUUUGGUAGCGGAAAGGCGACUUUCAGCGGUCAUGGUGUAAUGGGCGGUCAUGCCUUCUCGGAAUUCACAUUCUCGAAUCCCUACAUCGGUUAUACGGUCACGGUGCUAUUCUUUCAUACUGGCUCUGGCUCGAUCAUAAGAUGCGCAACCGUGCUUGGGACCAUACAAGGCAUCAAGGUCACCGAGUCAACCUUGCACACAUGCACCGUCAAUGGCAAAAACGUGAUGCCUUAGCCGAUAGCGAUGUUGGACCUGGCCAAACUGCAGCGCAGUCUUGCAAAAUCACGGCAAU